AUGGAUUACAAAGAAACACAGGCUGAAGAACUUGAGGCACUUGGAGUAAUCUAUCCGAAUGAGUUAGAAGUUCUGUCCAGCGAAUACCCCAAUAUUGUCAUAAGGAUAUCAUUGCAGUCUCAUCAGGGAAAAGAAGUUCCUUCUAUGUUCGAAGUAAUGUUAAACCUCCGGUUAUCAACCGGUUAUCCAGAUGUUGCACCAGAAAUUGAAAUACUUGGACUAGAGAAAACAUUCAGUAGUGAACGCAUUGAAAAAGUGCAAAGGAUAUUGUGUGAUGCAGCGCAGGACAAUCUCGGUAUGCCAAUGGUAUUCACCAUCGUAUCAGCUUUACAGGACGAAAUUGGACAUUUAGUAGAGGAUUUAGAAACUGAAAAAAUGAAAGCAGAGGAAAAAGCAAUAGAAGAAAAAGAAGCGCAAGAAAGAAAGAAAUUUGAAGGCACUCGAGUAACACCGGAAGCGUUUUUAGCAUGGAAGAAAAAAUUCGACGCUGAAAUACGAGCUGUCGAAGAAAAGGAAAAAUGGAUUCGCGAAGUAGAAGGAACUGGAAAAUUGACAGGUCGACAGCUAUUCCUUCGUGAUUCAACGUUAAACUUGUCCGAUGUAGCAUUAAUGCAAGCAGCAGGCAAUGAAAUUGAAUUCGAUGAGUCACUCUUCGACGAGAUUGAUUUAUCAAAUGCUGUCAUAGAACAUUAA